AUGAAGUCGAACCCCUGCGGUCGCCUCCGCCCCGGGGACGAGGUCACCUGGACCGACGACGACGGCGAGAGGAGGUAUGGUGUCUUCAUUGAGAUGUCGACACCCCACCUAGCAGAGAUCGUCGAGAUCGACACCGGUGCCACGUUUGAGGUGCCCAUCUGCGACCUGGCGAUCUCGGCAUGA